CAAUGCACCGCAUGCAAACGCCGCCCUAUGAGCCCAGUACCUUGUACUAUACCGAGUCCUGCUGACAGCUCUGUAAGACAGAAUCCUGGCAUGAAUUUAGCUCCGAAAUUGAUCUAUGGAACAGCAUGGAAGGGAGACAGAACAGCCCACCUUGUGAUAAGCGCCUUCCUGCAAGGCUUCCGAGCUGUAGACACAGCAUGUCAGCCAAAACACUACAGAGAAGAUCUUGUGGGAGAGGCCUUAGAGAUCCUCCAAGACAAGCAUAGUGUAAAGCGAGAAGAUGUCUACAUUCAAACAAAAUUCACACCCUUUGAUGGUCAAGAUCCAACCAAGCCUCUCCCAUAUAAUCCCCGAGACAGUAUCCCUGCCCAGAUCAAAAGUUCCCUUUCCAAAUCACUAAUUAACUUGCAUACGUCAUAUCUCGAUGCUUAUCUUCUUCACUCUCCUCUUCAAACCUUGCCCUUAACGCUAGAAGCCUGGCGUACGCUCAUGGCUGCACAAGAUGAGGGGACUGUGCGCGCUAUCGGAAUUAGCAAUGUGUACGAUGUUGGAGUACUGAAAGCGCUAGAAAAAGAAAGAAAGGUGCAGAUCGUACAAAACAGGUGGUUUGAAGGCAAUGCCUGGGACAAAGAGGUCUGGGCGUACUGUAAGGCGAAUGGAAUUGUCUACCAGUCGUUCUGGACACUGACGGGUUCCCCGGCGUUACUGACACACUCCCACACCACUUCUCUUGCCGAUAAGCUAGACGUCACGGCCGCGCAGGUACUCUUCAAACUUGCUCAACUAAACAACGUCGUCCCUCUAAGUGGAACUACGAGUGAACUGCAUAUGCAGCAUGAUCUCGCUGCAGAGCGCAUAGUAUUCAAGGAAGAGGUGCUCGAUGAUUAUAAAAGAAUUACAGAUCUGAUAUGGAGAUGAGGAAGACAGUGCAUACUGUGCACCACUUACUUUAAAACGAGUAUAGUACAACGAUAGUUAUGAAGUUAUGACCAUUCCCUGACACUUUUCCAUGAUUGCGACAUUGUUACUACAGUAACUCCAUGCUUACCAGGUGGUGACAA